AUGUCAAUCAAGGAAUGGGAUAACUUAAUAGACAAGGAAUUGUUAAUUAGUUUAAUGGAACAGAGACCAGUUCUUUGGGACAAGACGCUAGAUAAAUACAAAGACAAGACUGCUAGUACUGCAAGUUGGCGCGAAAUAUGCGUUAUUUUAAACAAAGAUUUUGAGGAUAUGGAACAAAAACAAAGACAAGAGUUCGGAAAAUAUGUUAUAAAAAAGUGGAGACAGAUUAGAGAUGCUUGGGUGAGAACGUUAAAAGAUAAAAAGAAUUGCAAGACAUCUGGUUCUGCUGUCUCAAAGAUAAAGCCGUACAAAUAUCAUCAUCAGAUGUUAUUUUUAAAAAAUAUUAUUGAGCCUGGUGAAACGCACGAAAGUGCCUGUGCUGAAAAAACUGAUGAGGUUAACACCACGGCAGUAAACAAAAAUAAUAAAACAAACGGAGAUGACGGUGACGAGAUUGAACAUAUUCGCAAUGACACUCAAACAAAAUCCCCCCCGACAAAACGAAGAGCACCAACAAAAAGAUUAAAUGAAUUAGAUGCUAAAAUGAUGGCCUACAUAGACCACCAGAUAAAACCCAAGAACAUUGAACCGGAUGAUCGUAAUCUCUUAUUCUUCAAAGGUAUUUUGCCGUCCUUGGCUGUGCUAAAUGAUGAUGAAAUUCUAGAAUUUCAGUCUGGAGUUAUUAAACUAUUGCAAGAUAUUAAAAGAAGGAAAGUUAACCCGUCAACCAAUUGGUCAUCUCCAUAUACGCAAGCACUAGGCUAGUAAUCACCAAACACAAGGGCAUUUUACCCAAGCAUCUGGUGCUAUUAAUCACCAAACACAAGGGUAUUUUACCCAAGCAUCUGGUGCUAUUAAUCACCAAACACAAGGGUAUUAUACCCAAGCAUCUGGUGCUAGUAACCAAAUACAAAUUUUACAAGACCAGAUUAUAGUGUAUAGUGAUAGUACACCAUCACCAUCAGUACAAUCUACGUGCAGUGAUGAGAACACGCUAGAUAUGUCUGGGUUUUAAUAUUGUAAACGUUUGAGUAAAAAUAAAAAGUACUUACCUUAAAAAUAUUGCUAGUUUUUCUUCAGGGCAGAUACUUUUCCUCCAAUUAGUGUCUUGCUUUUUUAAAUCCUUUUCC